UCAUGUCUUCUCUGCGCUCUCUGGUUCUGACUCCUCAGCGGGUCCCGUCCUUUGUCGUCCCGUCCCGCAGCCCACUGCUCCUCCUCCCUCCGCAGGCCCCUGGGGGCCUCGAGGACCAGGUGAGACUGCUGUCAGACCUUGAGGAGGAUGCUGUGGGGCGGAGUCCUCCAGACGCCCCGCCCAGCCCUGUACCAUCCCCCCGCCUCCUGCUCCGCCUGCCACGGCUCAGAUCUCCUCAGCGCUCUGCCGCAGAGGACGCGGACACGGAUGUGACGACGCGCGCCGCCAUGUCGUUGCCGCACGUGGGGAAGGUGACCACGCCCUACGGCUUCCAUGCUGUGCUGGUUGCGAGCCCGUGCACGCGCCGCAGGGAAUCACUGUUUCACCGCAGCAAAGCAGAGGUGGAGACAGAUGGCGAGCCGCGGGAUCGGCGGGGGCCCCCUCCUCCCUCCUCGGGGCCCCACGGGUUCCCGGUGUGCACGCCGCCCAUCAAAGCGCUUGCUCUGCAGGUGAUGAAGGAGCUGAAGCGGCCCGCCGCUGUCCUCAAGGCCCUGAGUCCCACCUCCAAGAGGACACGCCCCCUCUGACAUCACAGAAUCAGCUGAUCAGAAACCAUCGUUUUGUUCUUUUUAUGACUUUAAUGUUGAAUAAAAAUCUUUUUUGACCCAUCAAAGUACUUUUACUGCAAUACACAUGGUACUUUAUACUUCAGAUGGGCAGUCA